UAGGAUACUGUAGGCUACGUAAGUAAAAAUCAAAUAUACUGUUAUGUGUUUAAUAAAGGUUUGAAUCGCAGUUACAGUAACUGGGGCACAUGAGCUAGUUAUACUUUUGUAUUUUUUUUAAAUUUUAUUAUUUGCUGUUAAACAUUCUCCUAGCGCUGUAUCCUUUCUCCUAAAAAUGUUCCUAUCUGGUGUUAAUAGAAUAUGUAACACAGCCCACAGAAAGAAGGAAAAACACAGCAAACACGAGGAGGCAGGGUUAUUUUUUAUAGCAUUUUCCUUUAAGAUGAUGUAAGAGUUUAUUCCCCAGGAUGGUUUCUCCUGGCAUUGCUCAAGCAACAGCAACUGAACCGCUUUUAUAGACCUCGGUACCACCCUGCUCAGCUCCCAGAGCGUCAGCGCAGCUCCGCGCAGAACUCCAGCUAUCUCUGCAGAGCAAGGCUGCCACAUCUGCUAUUUCUAUCACAGCGCUGGCCCCGCGAGCAACAUGCGUUGAUGCUUUUAACACAGGAUGCGCGUGGAGGUAUCAACUUUGAUCAGUUUUGGAGAGAAUUAAGGAGAGAAUUAAGGAAGUGUUGUUUUUUUUCAAGGUGGUAUUCCAUAUCAUUGGAAUACCUAGUGUGCCAUUCUUUGAAGUUAUUUGGGACCAGUCGAGAUCCAUGUGAAUGAAGACGAGAUUAUUGCUAUUGUAUGGAAGCAUCCCUGUUCAAGGACUAUCUAAUUUAUAAAAAAGCAAAAGAAAAGCUUUUUUUAACGGGAAAUAUUUAACAAGAUCUUACAGCACUAAGGUGAGCAUGUCUGAUUACCGGGUUGUAUGCUUUAGUGGUUAUUGCAGAGGAAAAAACGACAAGAGAACAAACAACUCCCGCUUUUUUUAAGUCCUGGUGAUUUAUAUUUAUAAAAUUUAGCGUCUGCUCACUGACGCUUUUUGAGUAAUCGUUUUUUACUCAUUUGGUUGCUGUUGAGUGAAUAUAGAUGUAGAGCAGCUGAUAUCAGUUUAUAGGGGACAGAACAUUCAUUUUCACAAUUAAAUGGGCAAAACCUUUUACAGUAUUUUUAUUUUCUUUUUUAUCAUGAACUUUUUUUAAAAAAGUGCAACUAAUAAGUGCAAUUAAUUGAUACAUUGAUAUUUUGUGUGUGACGUCGAAUUAUUUAAAAAAACGUUUCAGACACUCACAGCUGGACUAACCAUUCCAUUGGACAUUGCAGAUUAUGCUAUGAGGAGAUUGAUGUGUGUUUUGUGUGCCUAGUGCUUUCCCCCAAACAACAGAUCGCACACUGUUCUAACCUAGUGAUCUUUUUUUAAGAGAAUAAAAACCGAGUGGUGCUUUUUUUUUUUUUUUUUUAAACGUGCCUGAUACAUUUGUCCAAGUUUUCUGUGUAGACACCGGCUCGAAGAUUUUUGUGUGUAUGACUGAAACGAUGGCUUUGAGUGGGAACUGUAGGACUUACCCUCCGACAAAAGAACAGGGGUCUGUUCAGAAUUCUUUCCCCGAUGUUGUAGAGCUUAAUGUGGGUGGGCAAGUCUACUUCACCCGCCAUACCACCCUAAUUAGCAUCCCCAACUCCCUACUUGGAAAAAUAUUCUCCCCGAAAAAGGAUCUCACCAAUGACUUGGCAAGGGACACCAAGGGACGAUACUUCAUUGACAGGGACGGGUUUUUAUUUCGUUACAUAUUGGACUAUCUCAGAGACAAGCAAGUGGUUCUCCCUGACCACUUCCCGGAGAGAGGAAGGCUGAAAAGAGAGGCGGAAUAUUUCCUGCUGCCCGAGCUGGUCAAAAUCUUGACCCCUGAUGACCUUAAGCAAAGCCCAGAUGACCUAUUUCAUAGUGACUUCGAGGAGGCAUCGCAAGGCAGCGAUCAAAGGAUAUGCCCACCGUCUUCAUUAGUGCCGGCUGAUAGGAAAAAUGGCUUUAUUACGGUGGGAUACAGAGGGUCUUGCACCAUGGGCCGAGAGAGCCAAGCUGAUGCCAAGUUCCGAAGGGUGCCGAGAAUCUUGAUUUGUGGAAGGAUAGCUUUAGCCAAGGAGGUCUUUGGGGAUACCUUGAAUGAGAGCAGGGACCCGGACAGGCCACCUGAGAAGUAUACAUCCAGGUUUUAUCUCAAGUUCAAACACCUGGAACGAGCUUUUGACAUGCUGUCAGAGUGUGGAUUCCUGAUGGUUGCCUGUAAUUCUUCAGUGACAGCAUCCUUUGUCAAUCAAUACACGGAAGACAAGAUUUGGUCCAGCUACACAGAAUAUGUCUUCUACCGUGGUCCUUCCCAGUGGACGCCCCCUCACUGUGAUUGCUGCUGCACAACCAACAAGGUAGACCAUGAAGGGGAGAGUGGGACGUCCUUCAACGAACUCUCCACCUCCAGCUCCGAGAGCCAAUCCGAGGCAAGCUCUCCGCAGGAAACAGUCAUCUGCGGGCCGGUAAGCCGCCAGCCCAACAUCCAGACUCUCGACCGGCCCCUAAAGAAAGGCCCCGUGCAGCAGCUCCAGCAGUCCGAGCUGCGCCGGAAGAGCGACCUGCUGAGGACUCUGACCAGCAGCUCCCGCGAAUCCAACAUUGGCAAAAAGAAACCCGCCAAGGAAAAGCUGACCAUGGAGGAAGAGCUGGAGAAAUGCAUUGAGGAUUUCCACAAAAUCAAAAUUCCAGACAGAUUCCCGGAGAGAAAAUACAUGUGGCAAUCUGACCUCCUUAGGAAAUACCGUCUUUGAAACAAAUAAUAAUAAUAAAAAUAAUUUAAAAAAAUAUAUAUAUACCUGUAUAUUAAAAUAAAAAGAGCAUACAGUAUAUAAGUAUAUGUAUACAUGCUACUGCCUCAGACACUGUUAUAUUCUUAGUAACAUUUCUCUGUGGAUAGGAAAUGCUUGAAUAGAAACUGUAUUGUUCACCUUGAAAUUACACUCACAGGGUAUCUUCCACAUGAAAGCACACAUGUCUGGCUUUCAUUUAUCAGCUUUCUUUAAUACAAGUACGUAUAACACUAAAGGGCACAGUGUAUGUGUGUGAGUUUACCUGAGGCUUCCAUAUCCCCUCCCUUUAUUGCUAAUUUAUAACUUCAUGGGGUUUUAUACACCCCCUCUCCCUCCUCUUUUACUGCAUGCCAAUAGUGCAAAGAAAUAAUUGACUGUUCGGAUGCCACAGUGGUCUGUGAUAAAUGUACAUCCUCUAUAAAUAAUUCAUCUUGUCCCAACCAUGCACUUUCUAAAAAUAUCAGCUGCUUAUGUGAAAUUGCUGGCUGCUUCAUAUUCACUAUUUUUGUAGAAUGAUGAAGAGUGGUUUGUAACACUGAAAAUGUAUGUCAUUUGUGUAUUUCCUCUCGGGCCUGGGGAAAACCUCAUUUAGACCUUGCAAACGAGCCAUGUGAACGAGCCUCUGUCACUUUCCUUUCAAAUGUUUCAAAAUCAUAAACCAGCUGUGCUGUCCAUGUCAUAUUAUACAGUUGUGUCCAUGAGUGUUGACACCAUGUGGUUUGAGACAGUCAGCGAAUCCUGUAGCUGCCUGAAGGCACUGUGACAAGUGAAUGAAAAAGUGAUUCACUUAGAAUGACAUCAUAACAACACAUAAUAGUUUUGUACCAUAUGUCCAAAAUAAAAAUGAACAAUAAUACAUUUAUUAAAGUCGGUUACACUUUACUUUGUAUUUUAUUCUUAACAAUUAUGUCAAGCAUGUGUUAUAGAAGAGCUAUUAUCUUUAAUAAUUAAUACAAUGCUUCAAGAUUGUAAAAAAACACUUAUAACGGAUACCUAAACUAAAUUGUGACCUAAAAGGUUUUGUUUUUUGUUUUUUUUUGUAAGUACUGACAUUCAUUAAUCUUUAUUAAAAUUUGGUAUGACCACAUUUCCACUGUUAUAAACAGUUUCAACAGCUCAAUAUCCUGGGCUAUGAGCCAAUCUUGAUGCUUCCACCCCAGUUUUAAAAACACUGAAUCCAAAAUCAACUGUUAUUGCAGACAACAUAUAGGGAUAAUAUUCACCCAUAACUAUAAAACACUGAAGGAUAGACUACAAAAAAAAAAUAAUAAUGUGAAUAAUCCUUGACGAGCAUCAUUGAGAAAGACUUCUUGGGGAUCAAUAUAAAACUGAAUGGGAUGUCGAUACUUAUGGGCACACCUUGUAUAAGAGUUUAUGACCAAAUGAAAACAACCCCCAGCUGAAAAUCCUACAGAUACUGUAUGAAAAGCUUGCUGGCUAGAGCUCUGGGAGGCAGUGAAGAAGGGCUUACGAUUGACUCUCCAGCUAUCCAUUGCAAGAGGACAUCUCUCUGAUCACAGACCUAGUACAAAUGUGACGAGGCUGGGUAUGACAGAGACCACACCAUCCUCAUAAAACGAAGCUCUUUUAAAACUGCAUACACGCAUACGCCUGCCAGGGCUUAGGCAGGACUUUAGCGUCAAAUUGAAAAUACUGUAAUCCAUAUGGGUUAGCUUUAGACCCAGCUAGAGCGAAAGUUUAUUCUUCCUCUACAGAAGGAUGAAAGCACUUUAAUACGCUGCUUAUAGACAUCCCUAGGAGUGAGGUCAAGAGAUAGUUGAGCUCAAUUAUAGUGGCCACAAGUGCGGCGUUUCUGAAUUGGUGAAUGGUGUUAACAUGCUUGAACUUGUGUGUUCCCUCCUCAUUUCCCUAUCUGGUCUGCACAUCAAAAAACUAAAAAAGUGAAAUGCUGAAGUGAAUUCUCGAAUUCUGAAAGGGAGCGCUUUAUUUGUGUCACAGAUGUAUACAAAUUACUUAAGGUGAACGUAUGUAACUGACAGAGGCUUUGCAUUAACCUGUGAAUCAUUUGAUUCCUUUUUUUUUUUUUUCUUCAAACUGGUUCACGGAAACAGAACAGCAUACUAAAGGGAAACAAGAAAAACAGGCCUAAUCAUAAUGUAUUGGAAAUCUUUAAGAUGAGAUUUAGCUCAUGCUUAAGACUUACGGCUGUUUCUUGUUUCAUAAAACUGCUGGAGCCUCAACAGCUGCAGCCCCUCCAAACAGAUACAAGGCCUCCCUUUCAAACAAACGCUACUGUGUUUAAGUUUGAAUACGUCCUGUUAAAAUUAUAAACCAUAAAACCAACUGCAGCAAAACAGUAUAAAGAAUUGCACAAAUUGCAUUAAACUUUUGCCAGCACUAAAACUGGUCACUUGAUUCCAUUUGAUUCAUUUUAGUUACCCACACCUUGUGUGGGUAAGAUGUUAGCACAGUGUAGUUAAUACAUUCUUCAGAUUAUCCGUCCGUUUCUGUGAUGCUGUAUAAAAAGUUAAGCACAAAAUGUGGAUUGUGUCAGCUAAUGUUUCUGUACAAUGUAUCCUUUUGUUGGGGUAAAGGCUGUACUACAUCAGUGGGAAUGUCUUUAGAAACAAUCAUAGGAGCUUUCCAAAUGUCUUAUAAUAAAGUUUUUAUCGUAAUACAAAAACAUGUGCUUUUGAGAAAUGUGUUUAUGCCAUAUUAAAUAUAAUGACUUUAUUAACUUUAUUAACUUUAUUAACUUUAUUAACUAUCCAAUAACAUGAAUGUUAUCAGGCUGUUUUGUAAUUACUGUAAAAAUACAGCCAAGGUUUCUAUAGUUUGUCUUACAGUCUAGCUAUGCCAUAACACAAAUCAGCAGUAGUCGCUGGAAGGGUAAUCUUUCUUCUCU